UAUUCAGAAGUCAUCCACAUCGGACGUCCUCCAGAGACUUAUUUUCUCUCGCAAAGACUUUGGAGCGGGCAGCACGUGAAAGUUUGCAAUGUGAGCCUGUGUGUCCAUCUGACUUUAUGUGAUUUUUGUGCUAACUCCAACACUGCUGCGUGUGAAAAUAGAGGAAGCAGGAUGAGGGAGAAACUACCUGAGAUUGUCUUUAUUCUCGCCAUAGUGGUGGAUUUUAUCUGUGGACAAGAUUACCCCGACACUGUGGUUCAGCACCGAACAAAUAGACGACGACAUCAUCGACACAGAGGGGUACUGCAACUGGGUCGUAUUGUGGAGGACUCAGAACCAAGAUCGAUUCCACUCUACGAGGCCACUGAUAUCGACAAUGAGAUUAUCAUGGAGCCAAUCAAUGUACCACACUCCACCGAGGAGCUACUACACACCCACUUUGCUACCACCUCAGAGGACUCAGAUGGUGGAACAGCACCCUUUGUCGAUGCCCAUCCACGGAAGGUGCCGUCGCGUCAUUCGCGGAAGCAUCACCAUCAUCGGCAUUUGGAGCACCGACGGCAGCGGAAGCGGAAAAAAGCCCGACUAAAGGAGUUGGAUGAGAUGCGGAAGAAGGUGGCGCGUGAGGAACGGAGAUGGUGGCGGAAGCGCAAGAAGGAGCUUCAAUUCGAGGAGAUGUUCUUCGAUCAGGAGACUCACAAUCCCAACAUUAUUCCCCCAAUGAAUACCGAUGCACCGUGUACAAAAACAACCCCCGAUUCGCAGGAGAGCCGCAUGAAUUUGACCAGCAGCCGAAUUGAUCACUUCCGCUACCAUCGUGUCACAUCUGAUGGCAACAUUAGUCACCAAGGGGAGGGUCAUGCUCUGCCCUUUGUCGCAAUCACUGACCCACGACCACGCGAAGGAAUUGCGCACAAAUCGCCACCCCCAAAGAGUGAAGUGUCGUCGUAAGGGUUGAAUGGGGGUAGUCUUUUUUCCUUUCUUUUCAAAUAAAACUCUCUGUGUGUACUGAAGGCAGGAAAAAAGGAAAAAAAAAGUUUUUGAUUUUGCCCCUGAAAGUUUUAGCUCGAGGAACUUUUACAGGCUUUUCCGGGAGAAAAGGACAUAAGAAUUUAUUUGUUCAAAAAAUUAUUCAAUAAAUAAAUUGAAUUUUUUACGCUUCCAAGGAUUUUUAUUUUAAAAACAAUUUUUAAUAAGCUUUUAAAGCUCUUUAUUCAUGAUUUUUUUUGUAUAAUUGUAAUCUCUUUUAAUCGGGAUUUGAUAUUUUUAAUUUUACGCCUGGAUAUUAUUAAAAUUUAAUAAAAAUAAUAAAUUCUCUUUUUUUCAAUUUGUCUAAAAAGCUCUUAAAAAUAAAAUGAACAAACAAAAUCAAUUGUACGGAUUUUGUAUGAUUAUAAAUUGCUAUUAAAAAAUAAAAUUGCAAAUUAUCGAAUAUUUUAUUCAUCAUCAAAAAUAUUUUAUUAACAAUAAAUUCAUUAUUACGGCAAUUUAUUUUAUUGACAAAUAUUUAAUGAGAAAAAUGAAAGUGUUCAUGAGCCCUGACAAUAUAAACUUCAUUAAAAUGAGUAUGGUCAGUUGCUUCUUUUUUUUUUAAUUAAUAAUUAAUUUGAUUGAAGUUUUUAACAGAGUAAUAAUUGAGUUAAUAAAAGGCAAAUAAAUUUCAUUAUUUGUAUUAAUUAAAAUACAUAGAUUAAUAUCAAAUGUUAUCAAAUAUUUAAUUGAAAAUUAUCAUGUCAUAUAAUUUUAAUUGAGAAUUAUUGUUUGAUUGAAGCAUAAGCUCUAUUGAUUUAUUAACUGUUGUGAUGUUUCGGAGAAUUUUAUCUUCUUCUUCGGGCACUUUUUCUUUAAAUUAAUUUCUCUAUCUAUUAUUUCCUUUUAGCAUUAAAUCAUAGCUAAAAGAGUUCAAAUUGUAUUUAAAAGCAAAAUUUUCAGUUCAACGUCUCUAGAAUAAAAAAAUCUGUUGUUGAAUUUAAUUUUUACUCAACUCAUUCAACUUUUUCUCCCAUUGAAGUUGAUUUUCAGUUCAUUAAAAAAAAAAGAAAAACAUUUUUUCCCUCAUUCAUUGGCCAAAAGCCAUAUGAUGCAUUAAAAAUAGAAACACAACAUAAACUUACCAAGAGUUCUGUCCUUCCGUGUAAUGGCGUUAAAAAUGUAUAAAACACACCACAUUGUAGAAUGGUAGCAGAAAAAAAACUCUGCUCUGAAAAUAAAUGAAUAGUAAAUUUGUAUUGAUUUUCA